CUUUCCUUGUCCGCCAAUCCGACAGAGUGAAGAAGCGUACCGAAAGAAGCAUGCUCAUAAUGUCAGAAACCAGACAAAAGAAAUGGUUCCUCCUCAUUCCUCAAUCCUCAUCUAUCUAUGGUCCAUCUUUUUCAAACCCAACUAUUUUACCAUUCCCUUUCAAAGCAAAAUCAUCCAAUUUUCACAUCCCAACAAACCCAUUUUUACCAUUUGAUGAGACCAUUCAAUCAAACCCAUUAACCAUAACCUUCCUCUUCCCACAAUCAUCCCUCAGACAUGGCUACUUUCUCCAUGGCUGAAACCACUAGCACCAGCGGAUCAUCAUCUUCAUCGUCCCCAAUUAUUAACUUGGCUCCUGACCAUCUCUUCACAAUCUUACUUCUACUUCCUGUAGAUUCGAUUCUCUCGUUUUCCAUGACCUGCAAGAGAUUCAGGUCCUUGACAAGUUCUGAUAGUCUUUGGGAGUCAAUUUGCAAGAGAGACUGGGGAUCCACAUCAGUUGAUGCCCUUAAGUCUUCUGCCAAUAAUCAACACUUGCCAUGGAUGAAGUUGUACAAGCAGGUCUCACAGCUUGACUCAAUUUCUUGCCAUAAAUUGUCUGAUCCAGAUCCUGAAUCGGUGCUUCCUAGCCCCAGGGCUUCUCACUCUCUCAAUUUUGUGUCUGAUUGCUUGGUUUUGUUUGGUGGUGGCUGUGAAGGAGGACGCCAUCUUGAUGAUACAUGGGUGGCAUAUGUAGGGAAUGGUUUUCAAAAAAUGUUCAAGUGGCAGAAGGUUGGUUCAGGAGUUCCAAGUGGAAGAUUUGGGCAUACAUGUGUUGCUAUUGUCCAUCACCUUGUUCUCUUUGGAGGGAUUAAUGAUUGUGGGAUCCGUCAAAAUGAUACAUGGAUUGGGCAACUAGUCUUUAGUGAUAACCUUUGUAUCUCACUCUCAUGGAGGCCACUCAAUGUACAAUCCCUUGCACCACCACCACGAGGGGCUCAUGCAGCCUGUUGUUUUGAUCAAAGGAAGAUGGUUAUCCAAGGAGGAAUUGGGUUGCACGGCGUUAGAUUGGGUGACACUUGGGUUUUGGAACUUUCAGAAAACCUUUGUUUUGGAACAUGGCAUGAAAUUGUUGCUCAUCCAUCACCUCCACCUCGUUCAGGACACUCUUUAACCAGCAUUGGGCAAACUGGAAUGGUUUUAUUUGGUGGAAGAGGUUUGGGUUAUGAGGUUUUAAAUGAUGUUUGGCUCUUGCAGACAUUUGACUCUCAGCUAAAAUGGGUGCAGUUACGCUUUGAAUUGCAAAACAUACCUGAAGGAGUCUCGCUCCCAAGAGUUGGUCAUUCAGCUACACCAAUUUUGGGAGGUCGGUUGCUAAUCUAUGGAGGUGAAGAUUCAUACAGACAUAGGAAGGAUGACUUUUGGGUGUUAGAUAUUAGUUCAAUUGUAUCCACUCAAGUUCAGCCAACAGCAUUGCAUGCAAAAAUGUGGAAAAGGCUGAAGGCAAAGGGUUAUAAACCCAAUCGCAGGUCUUUCCAUCGAGCCUGUGCUGAUCAUUCAGGGCAUCAUUUGUAUAUGUUUGGAGGGAUGGUAGAUGGCUUACCUCAACCUACUGAAGCGUCCGGGUUGAGGUUUGACGGGGAGCUCUUCCUCGUGGAACUUUGCUUUAAACAAGAAUAGAAAGGUACUAGUCCAUCAUGCUGUACUUGCAGAAUCUCUCCUAUUAUAGGCUUAAGGCAUUUCUCAUGUAUCGCAUUAGUUGCUGUCCAUAUGUUUCAUGCAUCAAUCUUUAUAGUAAUAAGUGGCUUCUAGGACUUGUUUACGAUGUUGAAAUAAUUCUCUAGAGAUAAAGGAAACUUUAAUAGAAUUCGAUAGCAUAAUGCCUGCCCAUUGUAGUAGAUAUUCUAUAUACAUCAAAGUAAUGUCUCUUGUGUACAGCAAAUAUGAGCUUUCAUAUACAAUAAAGAAAUAAAAGCUCAUAGAUUAGCUAUUUUCUAUACUAUCCAUGGAGGAGCUUUCUAUACUUCAAUAUAUAUAUAUAGGUCAAAGUGUUCUUACAUUCAAUAUUUCAUUCUAGCUUUGCUCUUUCUAGUGUGGUGGUGCUGCUAGGGAUGUCAGGCGGGCAGGGCGGGUUUUCACGUGUACCCGAUCCGCCCAAACCCUAUUAGAAUGGAUUUGGGCGGAUUCGGGUUUGAAAAAUUUUACCCGUCUCAGAUUCGGGUAGGGUUCGGAAUUAGACUAUCGGAUACCCGUUACCCGAACCCGAUUAAUAUAUAACAAAACUAACCCUAACCCUAACCCUGAUCCAUAAUUCCUUUUUUUCAUUUUCACUACCCUCUCUCCGUCGGCGCCUCUCUCCCUGCUUCCCUUCCUAUAAUUCGUAAUUCCCAAUCGGCCUCUCUCCUCCACUUCAUUGACGACUACUGGCGCAGGCCGGUCACCUAAAGCCCAAUCAGAUAUCACCUUCUCCUCUCUUCUUCAUCCGCCCGUCCGCCAGUCGCCGUAGUAAUGCAGGAGCUCACUGUUCUUCCCCGCCAGUCAUUUGUUUAUACUGCGGUAUUAACGAUUCUUCUCCUCCUAUAAACGACUCAGCUCCUUUCCCUAACUCGGUGAAUCGGAAUCGAGUUUAAUUUUCAGGUAUUGGAAUUCAUUGGAUUGGGAUAUUUUGUUCGUGUUAGGGUUUUGUGAUCUUCUUCUCCCUCAGUCAUCAAUAUCUCCUCUCUCCAGUCGGUAACAUCUCCCACAGUCCCACUUUCCAGUCAACGCCUCUCUCCCCCAUUUCACUGACGAGUGCCGGCAGCCCAAUCGACACCGGCGAUGUCUCCUUUUUCUCCCCAGUCGACGAUAAAUCUUCUCUCUCCCGAUAUCUCCUUCUCUCCCUCCAGUGGCCACAUCUCCCACUUUUCAGUCGGAGACAACUCUUCCCUCUCCCCGGUCGGCAUCGGCGACAUCUCCUUCUCUCUCCUCAGUCGGUGACAUCUACUCUUUCCGAUUGACGCUUCUCUCCCCCACUUCACCGACGACGGCUAGAGACAACCCUUGCCUCUCCACAAUCGGCGUCGGCGAUAUCUCCUUUGCAUGGAAUUCUCUUUAGGUUUGCAAUCAAAUUUUUUGAUAAUCAGAUCUUUUAUGUGCAUAUUGUUAAAGAAUUUUUAGUUGCUAUUAAAGAAUUUUAGAAUUUAUGAACUAUUAAUUUGAUUAUUUGGAUAUUUGCUAUUUGAUUAUUGUUCUCCAAUAUUUCUACUGCUGGGUAUUUCUCCAAUAUUUCUACUGCUGGGUAUUUCUCCAAUAUUUCUACUGCUGGGUUGUGCAUAUCUUAGGAAUAGUUUUAGUUGAAUAGAUAAUUGAGGUUGAUAUUCAGGUUGUGCAAAUUUUCUAAUUCAGGUUGUGCAAAUUUUCUAAUUUAGGGUUUGAUAUUUGGGUUAUAAGAUCUAAAUUUUUAAAUUUUUUUCAUUGAAUUCAAUUAAAAAAAAUCGGAUUUGGUCGGAUUCGGGUAUUGUACGGGUAUUGUUAAACGGAUUUGGAACGGGUACGGAUAGUAAAAUUAAAAUACUAAACGGAUUUGGGACGGGUUCGGAAAUUUUAUAUAUAAUCGGGUUCGGGUUUGGAUACCCUCAAUUUCGCGGGUACCCUACCCGAUUACAUCCCUAGUGCUGCCACUUCUUUAUUUAUUUUUGUUUUAAUUUUUUUUUUGGUUAAAAUAAUGGAAGGAAAGAACUGAACGCAACAAUGCCUAGAAUAGACAACUCCUUUGCGAUCUUGGUCGAAAUUUUUAAGAAAAACCUGUUCAUUAUUUGAUGCACAUGAGUAAUAGUCAUUCAUGCAAUCUGCUAGUGCCUAGUAAUGACUCUGUUGAUGCUUUUGUGAGAGUUUUCAUGGAUUCAAUGUUUGUAAUUACCUCUUGUACUAAGCUCAAGCAUUCUGAUAAUCACUUGGAUGCAUCAGAAUUCUUGGAAGCAUUAUGAUGGGAAGAAAAUUAAAUUAGGAAUUUAUUCAUGGUGAAAAAUAGAAGCUUCAUGAUAGAAGACCUAGUACUAUGAAGAGCUAACUUAAAAAAAGGAAAUGCGGGGCCAGGCAAAAUCGGAAAAAAUUGAAAAAGACCCUUUCGAGUCACCAAAGUGGUUCAAUCAGGAGCUUAUAUAAUCGCAGACCUAGAUGAAAAAGCAAAACCUAGCACAUGGAAUGUUUCUAACUUGAGGAAAUUCUAACAGUAACAAAUAUUCUAAACGAAUGAAGCCACAGUUUUCUUUUGUUUUUCUUUUUCUUUUGUUGAACGCUUGGAUAUUAUUCCUUUUAAUAUUUCAAUAAGAAAGAAAAAUUUUUCUUUCUUUCAGUAAUUCAUUGCCAAAGUCUACAAGGCGACAAGAUCGUAAAGGAUAACCCAAAAGGCAAUUCGUUGCCAAGGUCUGCAAGGCGACAGUAUUGUCAAGGACAACUCGAAAGGCAAUUCGUUGCAUAAGUCACAAGGCGAGAGGAUUGUUAAGGACAACCCGAAAGGCAAUUUGUUGCCAAAGUCUACAAGGGGACAUGAUCAUUAAGGGCAACAUGAAAGGCAAUUCGUUGCCAAAGUCCAAAAGGCGGCAAGAUUGUCAAAGACAACCUAAAAGGCAAUUCAUUGCCAAAGUCCGCAAGGCGACAGGAUCAUCAAGGACGACCUGAAAGGCAAUUCGUUGUCAAAGUGUGCAAGGCGACAAGAUCAUCAAGGAUAACCUGAAAAGCAACUUGUUGCCAAAAUCUACAAAGGUGACAAGAUUGUCGAGGUCAACCUGAAAGGCAAUAUCUUGCCAGAGUCCACAAGAUGAUAGGAUCAUCAAGGACAAUCUGAAAAGUAUUCGCUCAUAAGACUACAAGGUGGUGGGAUCGAUUGAGUCAAAUUGCUUAAGGAUAGAUCUAACAACACAAGAUUAGAGUCCUCAAUACAUCACAAUAAAAAAGGUAAGCAAAUAAACACCAUAACUUUUCUUUCAGUGGAAAAUUUUAAUUUUUUCUCCUAUCCUAUGAAUGAAUAAAUUAAGACAAGGAAGCCUGGGGCAAGAAAGAAGUCAAGACACUAAGUUCAGGUCACAAAACAAUUAAGAUCUACUAUAAUUUUAAACACACAUUAAGUCGAAUAGUAACAAUAAGUUGUCUUCAUUCAUAGACUUCAUCAAUUACAAAAGAUAACAUAAAAGACCAUUAGAAAAUCAUAAGGAGCACACCGUACUAAAGACAAUAUAGAAAGUUUAACUGUCACUUUGAGACCCUUCAAGCAUAGCUUCCAGCUCAUCAAAACCAUCACCAUCUUCAUCCCCAUCACCUGCACCUGGAAGGAAGGAUUGACCAGGAAGAAAGUUAUGCACCCAGUCAAAGUUUUGGCCAGGGUGGCAUUUCUCCAACUCCUUCACUAUGGCCUCUUGGAAAGUAAUGUAUGCAUCAGUAGCUCCAUCCAGCUAUUGCUAAAGAUCCUCUAUCUUCUUCUCAAGCUCCCCCUUUUUGCUAUAGUCCUCAUCUAUCUUUUUCUUGAAAAUGACAUUAUCAAACUCAAGAGAGUUAACUAAGUCUUCAAGAAACUUGAUACUUGACUCACAAUUCUUCAGCUCAGUGCUAAGCAUGGUAUUGGCCAUUUGCAAUUCACCAUACUCACGAUGAUACAUUUAGUAUUGUUCUCUCACAGCAUGUGUGGUAGAAAUAGACUCUAGGCUUAAGGAUAUGGAUCGAAGAAAGAGGUCACCAUCUACCUCACGAUCAAGACGUUCUCGAUCAGCCUCAAAAUACACCCUCUUAUUAAUAGCCCCAGCCAAAUGAUAAUUAUCUUCAACUAUGACUUGAUUGCAGAUGAAGGUAUCAAACGAGGGCGCGGACUGAUCUUCGGAGGCCAUAAUUGGAUUCGGCUCAACCUCUUGGGUAUGUGGAGGCUCAUUUUCCCUCCGUAGGGAAACAGGAGUAAAUUGGGAUCCAACAAUUAUUUUUUCCUUUCGACGACUUGAAUUGACAAUAGGCUUCUUUCUUUUCGCUGCCACCUUUUUUGUCAUCUCAGCAACUAAAUCGCCACCCAUGUCUACAUCUAAAGAAGAGUAUGAACAAGUCAAUAAUAUUCAACACUAACAAUAAGUUUAAAUUUUACCUUUAUCAUUACAGUUAGAGUCCCCAAUCACUUUAGUCUCAGACCAGCGCACCUCCCUUCGAACCGACAUAUCAAUUUCAAAUUUAUCUGAUUGAGAUAUUCCAACAAGCCCUUUAAAAGCUUGUACCUCAGCUUCAAUCCAUUGAAGCACACCACAAAAUUUUUAAACUUUAAUAGACCAAUUUUGAGAAAGAGAUUCCCAAUCUAGUCAUUCUAUAUUUUCAAGCAUAAAAAAUCUGACUCUUCCAAUGCUUGACUGAAGAAGGAAGCCCAACAAACAAUCUAUAAUUGGACUUUGGUGAUAAAUAGUAAAAGUUAUCAUUCCUCCUAUGGAGCAAACCAUACAUGGAAAGAAAAACUCUCACAAAGGGCUCGAUACUAAAUUCUCGACAGAGAGAUCGAAAAGUAACCAAAGUUCUCCAACUAUUAGGGUGAAGUUGAGCCACACUACAACAUGUCAUUGUUAACACAUCAACGUAGAAAGCAUCUAGAGGAAAGCGAAGACCCGCCUUUAAGUUGUAUAGAACCCUCCUUAGUGACUAAGCUACCUUUAGCCAUAGAUUACUUUAUAAUCGUUAAAAAAGGAGAAUGAACCAUUAGGCGAACUGAAACUUCAGCGGUAUAGGAGUUUAGAUCUUCAACAUUGGAGCUCCCUACUGAUGUGAUAGUUUUUAUAUUUAUUUUUAGCACUUUUAAACACAAUUUUAUAGUUAUUUUCUAUGUUUUUAUGUCAAUUUUUAUUU